AUGGGGGGCAAGCAGAGCACGGCGACCCGUUCGCGGGGCCCGUUCCCGGGGGUGUCGACGGAUGACAGCGCCGUGCCGCCGCCGGGAGGAGGGGGGGGGCCGCCCCCCUUCGGCCAUUACCGAGCGGGUGGCGGCGGCGGCGGCGGCGCCAUGGGGCUGCGCAGCCGCUCCGUCAGCUCGGUGGCCGGUAUGGGCAUGGACCCGGCGGCGGCCGGCGCCGUCCCCUUCGGGCUGUACGCGGCGGCGGCGCGGGCGGCGGGGGAGGCCGAGCGGGCCCCGAGCGGCGGCGGCGGCGGUCCGGGUUCCGAUUCCACGUACGCCCAUGGCAACGGUUACCAGGAGACGGGAGGCGGUCACCAUAGAGACGGGAUGCUGUACCUGGGUGCCCGGGCCUCGCUGGCCGACGCGUUGCCCCUCCACAUCGCACCGCGGUGGUUCAGCUCGCACAGCGGUUUCAAGUGCCCCAUUUGCUCCAAGUCGGUGGCUUCUGACGAGAUGGAAAUGCACUUUAUCAUGUGUCUGAGCAAACCUCGCCUCUCCUACAACGAUGACGUGCUGACCAAGGAUGCCGGCGAGUGUGUGAUCUGCCUGGAGGAGCUGCUGCAGGGGGACACGAUAGCCAGGCUGCCCUGCCUCUGCAUUUAUCACAAAAGCUGUAUAGACUCAUGGUUUGAAGUGAACAGAUCUUGCCCGGAGCAUCCUUCUGAUUGACCUGCCGGGCCUGCUUGCUGACUUCUCUCUAAGGGCACCUUGCUAUACCUGCUGUACCUCCUCUCCCCGUCCCCCUUUGCCCCGCCUGGAAUUUUGGGCUGACUUUAAAUUCCUCGAGAAGACAAAAAAUAAAACCCAGAAACUUGAAUCCACUUGGAACAACAGCGAAUUUUAGUUUUGUUUUGUUUUGUUU